AUGAAUUAUUGGCUUUUAAUCUGCGGCUCCAUUCUCAUAUUGAAAUGCAUGAGAUGCGAGGAUAGAAACUUUCGAGUUUACAUCGAAGAAGUUAACAUUACACAAUUGGAUACAGCUGUGUACGAAAAAUUUGAGUGUAAGGCCUACCAAGUGGACAAUCGCACCUAUAUGGACUCGAGUCAUAUUUUCAAACGCACGGUUGACAAUGUAGCCGUGCAUGCCGCUCUGGAUUUUUGGAAGCUGAACAACAGCAAACAGAAAAUGAAAUUAUAUGAUGUUGAGUUUGAUGGAUGUUACAUUCUGGAAAAUGCUAACAAGAACCGAUUGUUCAAUAUGUACGUACAAAAUUUGAAAAAACAUUCAACUGUAAAAUUUAAGUGUCCCUUUCGAGCUAAUGUGAACUAUGAAGUUAAGAACCUGACGAUGAACGAGCAGGAUUUCCCUUCGUUUGUACCCCUCGGAAAAUUCCGAUCCCUAAUUGAGUAUUACACAAAUCGAAAACUGAUGGCUCGAGUCAUCUCAAAGGGACAAAUUGUGCCGUAUUCAACUGACCCAUUUAAAGUACUAGAAUGA